AUGAACCGGAAAACGGGAUUCCUGCUCGCAUUCAUCUGCGUCGCCGUCUCUAUCGUCGGCGGCCAGCCUCCGGCUUCCGCGCCAGCCGCCGGCACCAUCACCACCCCACCCGCUGCUUCACCCUCCACAACAGCCACUCCACCACCCGCAUCGACCCCACCGCCGGCGUCUCCGGUCUCAUCUCCACCGGCAUCAGCUCCAGCCUCGACCCCACCGACUCCCGCGCCGGUCAGCUCUCCUCCGUCGCCGGCGCCGGCGAGCCCCCCGCCUGUUCCCCCGCCCACCAUCUCCUCGCCGCCUCCAGCCGCGGCCCCGGUCCAGUUUCCCCCGUCUUCGGCUCCCGAGGUCGCGACCCCGCCUGCCGAGCAGUCCCCUCCGCCGGCGCCGGCUUCCGCCCCGCCCACUGAGACGCCGGUGGAGGCCCCUGCUCCCAGCAAGAGGUCCAAGAGGCACCACGCACCUGCACCGACCCCGGAGCUGCUGCUUGGCCCACCCGCGCCGCCGGCGGAAGCUCCCGGACCUGGUGCCGACUCCAUUUCUCCUGGUCCUGCGUCGGCCGAGGAUGUGAGUGGAGCAGAGAGAUUAAUGAGCGUCCAGAAGCUGCUGCUGGGAAGUUUGGCCGCGUUUGGCUGCCUCUUUUUCCUCGUCUAG